CCGCUGUCAUCUAGCGUAACGGAAAGAUCAUCCCGGGAGUCGAGCGACAGCUAGCGAAUCUACACGGUGCUCGCGCUCGCUCGCUAAGCGUCGCUUUAUUCAACAUGAGGACUGAACGGGGUUUAAUUAUAUGGACUUCGAUGCUUCUUCAUAUGUAUUUGGUAAAAGGCCAAACGUCAGACUCGGCCCAAGACUUGAUCACCUCUCUGAAUGAAGUCAUUUCUAAUGAUCGUGUGACUUCCAAAAGUGUCAUUUUGGAAUCACGACUCACUUCAACCUAUCAAGACGUCUCGUCUCCUCCGACGGAGUUCUCAAACCCUAAUGUCACACCUACUGUUCCUCCAUCACAGCCAAGCGAAGACAGCACGGUGCACAGUGACACCUCUUAUUCACCAGCUAUCUCACAAACACCUGCAUCACAAGAUGUCACCACCCUCAACAUGGAGAAAACCUCAGUACCAGCCUCUUCUGUAAGUAGCACAACGGUUUCUGAUGUCAGGAGCACCGUUUCAGAAUCAGUAGUCACCACACGUCCUGCAACAUCCAUCAGUCCAGGUGAAGGACAUCAGACCUUCUCUCCUCUAACCAGCAGUGUGUCCCAGACAACUCAAGCAGCUCUGCCAGUCACCCUGUCUUAUCCUGCACCAUCUCAGUUUGCCCUGACCAGUAGUUCAAAUGUCACAGGCCCUUCUUCACUGGAACACCAGGAUGUGCCCUCUGAACUGGAUGUGGGGGAUGAAGAAUCAAACAAAGUUCAACACGGUCCCACCUCCCCUGUGGACCCCCUGUUUGCCACUCUAUUCUCCAUUUUCAUUAUUUGCACCGCCAUGGUCUCGGCCGUGCUCUUUCUCAGAUCUCGCCAACGCAGUGAGCAUCCAGAGUUCCAUCGGCUUCAAGACCUCCCCAUGGAUGAUCUCCUAGAAGACACACCAUUGUCAAGAUACACCUAUUAGCAAGAGAGAACUCUUGCCAGUGUUUCAUAAUUUGAUCCUUCAGGCACCCAGUUUUACUGUUGAUUGUAAAUCCAUUUCCAACAUCCAACUGAUUAUGAGCUUUGAUGGUUCUCGGGAAGUUUGUGGAGAAACAGUCUUGAUGAUAAGUUUGCAUAAUAAUAGGAUAACAUUUGGUAUGCAUAAUAUAGGAAAAAAAUGUGAUGUCCCCUUGGGCUUAAUGAAAUGCAGACAGCAAAAACAUAAAUCUGAGAUACCUGAGGACUGAUAUAUCGUCUUGAGAAUAAAAACUAUUAGUAUUUCCAGAGUUUUAAUAUUAGUAAUGAUAGAGCUUGAUGUUGGCUUGAGAUACUGUUCUCUUGAACAUCUUUUUCCUUUUUUAGCGACUAUAAUUGUUCAGUUGCAUAGGGAGUUGCUCAACAUCAUGCAACCAUUCUUUUGGUUAAUUCAUUUGUUUUUUAAAGUAAAAAAAAUCAUUUUUUUUCUACACAAGCAAAUAAUACCAAAUUUUUAUUCUUUUCAGAGUUUUCAGCAUUUUAGAGACUAUUGGCGAAACUUCCCUGUUUUUAGUGUAAAUGCCUCUGAACUUUUGCACUGUUAGAGCUAUGAUACUGUACUGAGAAAAAACUUUUCUUUUUCUUUCUUUUUUUUUACAUGAAAGUGUUUUACAGAAUUACGAAAUAUUUAGGGUUAAAUUGAAUUGUGAUUUUGGCAUUUUUGACAAAGCUGAUUGUCUUGACUUCUUAUGAAGGUUUAACUUGAUAUUUAUUUUAGUAUAUUCACUUCUGUCUUGUAUUUGUGGUAAACCUAGUGCCUAAUGUUCUUUGUGCCAAAACUGACUUACAGUAAAUUAACUGGUAAAUAUAUAUUGCACAGUUGUGUUGUUGAGAUUAACCUGUAAAGAGACGGUUUGUAAUUAAAGAAGAACAUUUUUUUGUGAUGCUUCAUGCUGUAUCACAUUUACACAAGUUCAAUAACAUGUGUACAUGUUAAAGUACUCAAUGGGUAAAAUUGGGGAUGCAGUAUAUACAAAUAUGAAUUAUAUUAAAAGGUGAACUCAGUAAUUUUUUGAUAUAUAUUUCGAAGUGUCUUACACUGACACCUAGUGGCCUGGGUGCUGCAUCAUUCAAACAGUACUUUUCAGUUACCAAUGUAAUAUAAAUUCACUAUGCACAAUAAACCAGGAUUCAUUUAAUGCACGAAUGAAAGUGUCCAAUAACAGGGCAGUAACUGAGAUUAAGUGAAUAGAAUUCGGCCGGUCAUGUGAUUCUAAACUGGCAUCCCCCAUGUGAGCACCCCUGCCCCAUGUAGAAUAAAAGAGCUUUUAUAAAGUCACUGAUAUGACUGAACUCUUCAUCUCACAUGAGUGGUCAUGAUUUCAUGCAAAUGUUUAAAAAUAACUAUACAAUCAUUUAGAAGUAAAUCUUUUUUAAUGAGGAAGAAAUCGUGAAACAUUACAUUAUGUGGGGCAUAUUUAGAAUUUUUUUUUUUAUGAAGGGUCAAUUACAA